AUGGGGAGUGAAAGGUCGUAUAAUGCUAGAUUGGUCAGCGAUAACGGGCUUGCUAUAAUGAUGAAUUUAGCACUUUUCGCUGCCAAUGCAUUCAAAAAGUACACCGUUCCCAAAAUUGUAUUUGGAGAUGCUACGAAUGCAGCAGAGGCCCAGGCAAUCAAUGAUGAAGAUGAGAAUGACGACGGAGUGCCUCCGGAGAUUGACGCAUACUCUGCUCUAGGGGUUUAUCAAUACAUGAUUGAAAAUGGAAACGUAGUACCACAAGAUAUCAUUAAUGACUUUGCUCAAUUCCUUAGCGGACUUCCGGCCCCUAGGGAGAAGACAAUAGGUCAAUUCUUAAAAAGGAAUCUUACUAUUAGAAGAGAUCCUUAA